UUAACUUUCAAUUAACCUUUUUCCGUAAAAUAUAACAGAACAAGGUAUAGACCAAGACGUAUCCUGAUAAUUUAUAUCUACUUCCAGAUAACUUAAUAACAAAAGGAAAUACUCCAAAUUUUCUAGAGAGUUUAUAAAAAGAUCCAACACAAAAAUAUGUCUCUUAUUAUUUAAGUAGUAUCCUUAUAGCGUAGCCACUUACAUAAAAUGAAGAGCUUAAUAUUUAUUUUCUCUUUAUUUUCAUUAAUAUAUGGUAAUAUUGUGCUUAUUGAACCUACAAGAUUAAGACGUGGGAUAUUGGGUACUGUAACGAGUACCGUAUUUACCACGGUGACAGAGACCCAUUACGUACCUGCCACAUGUCUGCAUGUAGAUCCGAAUUUGCCAGAUUGUAGGAAUGUGAGGUUUUUGAAUUUGCCUGCUUUCAAUGGAUUCAAUUAUUUCAACUUCACUAACUCACUCGGCAGUGGCAACAAUGUCCCUGGGAAAGGAAACAGUACCAACAACGACCAUCAAACGGUGGAAAUCACGAAGAGGGCAGAUUUAGACCAAAAUCCAGAUCAGACAGUCCAUAUACAAGGUUGGGCAGAAUAUUUGGGACUUACUAGGCCUACAGUGACAGUCACCGAUGUCAAAAUCGUACCAACUACAGUACUGGAUCCAAGAAUAGUCGUUACAUAUGCUAUAAAAGGUUGUAAACCUCACAGUUUACCGUACAACCUGGAAAAAUGCCCCGAAGAACCUGAGGUAGAAAUGAUCGAGAUAGUACCUACGACCACGGUGUACGCAAGGAUGGAGAGUACGGCAGAACCAGAAAAAAGUACUUUCAGUGCUCAGGGCGUCUUAGAAAGUACCGAAGUAGAACGAGUGGAUGAAACAGUGCAGCAUAAGAAAGCGACAAAAAAGCUGCAUUAAAAAUGUUACUCUAUAUAUUAGUUUUUAUCAAGUAUCUAUAUAACAACAGAUAAAAGAUUGUAUGAUUAAUGGAACAUGUAAUAAACCAAUUAUUUUUUUACAACCACAUAUGUAAUAUUAGUAAGGCAUGAAUACUCGCAUAAGGACUCCAUGCCAGCUUAAGUAAUUCUUCUGUUGAUUUCACGUAGUAGAGAUCCUGAUCUGUGUA